CGGUUCUUUGCUUGGCUGCCCGUCGUCACCGAUUCUCUUCUGGACAUUUUUCCAUCGAACUGGUUUGCCCCUUUUUUUUCUUUUUCGUUUUCAUCAGCGCCGAUUCGUAUCGUCCCGGCCUGGCCGCGUCUUAUUCUUCAAUGUGGACAUUAUCUACGGUUCUCCCAUAAUUUCCUUUCGCUCGACCAGCCAUGGCGCCGCUCGUCGACAACGCGCAGAUCCAGAGGGCCGACCUUCUGCGCCCGCUGCCUUUGUACCAGCACGCAUACGUCUGGCCUUUCGCCGUUAUCUGGCCCAUCUUCUUGCGCUACUACUUGACCCCCGAACUCUACGAUCAGUACAUUCAGGCGCCCGAGUGGACCUUCGUCUGGGUCGGCACAAUCAUCACAUGCCAGACCCUGGUUUGGCUCUGCACCCACUGGAGUGUUAAUCUCAACGCUACCUUUACCGCCAAGAAGGCACGCUCUGUUGAGGAUGCGUUGCUGAUCAAGGUGAUCCCGGCUGCGAAUGCCGGUUCGGCCGACAUCUGCAAGCUGGUUCGCGACAACGUCGGAGGCAAGACCAACCUUUCGUUCCUCUUCCAGAAACGCCGGUUCCUCUACAACCCCGAGUCUAAGUCCUUUGGCACCCUUGCCUACGACAUCGAUGCCGAGCCGCAGUCGAAGCUUGAGAAGUUCCAGACCUCCCGGGGUAUCACGAGCGCCGCCGAGCUGGAACGCCUCGAGCAGCACUAUGGCACCAACACGUUCGACAUCCCCGUCCCGACCUUCACCGAGCUCUUUAAGGAACAUGCCGUGGCACCCUUCUUCGUCUUCCAGAUCUUCUGCGUCGGACUGUGGCUGUUGGACGAGUACUGGUACUACUCGCUCUUCACCCUGUUCAUGCUCGUCAUGUUCGAGAGCACCGUCGUGUGGCAGCGCCAGCGUACCUUGACCGAGUUCCGAAGCAUGAGCAUCAAGCCCUACAGCAUCUACGUCUAUCGCCUUGGCAAGUGGAUUGAGGUUCAGAGCGACAAGCUGCUCCCGGGUGACUUGGCGUCGGUUACACGGACUAAGGAGGACGGUGGUAUGGCCUGUGAUAUGCUCUUGGUGGAGGGAACGGCCAUUGUCAACGAGGCCAUGCUUUCCGGCGAGAGCACGCCGCUCCUGAAGGAUUCCAUCCAGCUCCGGCCUGGCGAGGCCACGAUUGAGACCGACGGUCUGGACAAGAACUCGUUUUUGUGGGGCGGUACCAAGAUCCUCCAGAUCACCCAUGGAAAUGCAGAGGAGGAGAAGCCGAAGCUUGCUUCAGGCGUUCCCCCGCCCCCGGACAACGGCGCCAUGGCUAUUGUUACGAAGACCGGAUUCGAAACAUCCCAGGGCAGCCUCGUGCGGACCAUGAUCUACUCGACAGAGCGUGUGUCGGCCAACAACGUUGAGGCUCUGCUCUUCAUCCUCUUCCUUCUCAUCUUCGCCCUGGCCGCGUCGUGGUAUGUUUGGGACGAGGGUGUCCGCAAGGACCGCAAGCGCUCCAAGCUGCUGCUGGACUGCAUCCUCAUUGUCACCAGCGUCGUCCCUCCUGAGCUGCCCAUGGAACUCAGCUUGGCCGUCAACACCAGCUUGGCUGCGCUCGCCAAGUUUGCCAUCUUCUGCACCGAACCCUUUAGAAUCCCCUUUGCUGGUCGCAUCGACGUGGCCUGCUUCGACAAGACCGGUACUCUGACCGGAGAAGACUUGGUUGUUGAGGGUAUUGCUGGCCUUGGUCUCGGCCACUCUGGUACCGACACGCCCCAGGACUCUGAUGGCGCCCACAGCCGCAUGACCCCCGUUCACGACGCUGGCAUGGAGACGACUUUGGUCCUCGCGUCCGCUCACGCCCUGGUGAAACUCGACGAAGGCGACAUCGUGGGUGACCCGAUGGAGAAAGCCACACUCUCCGCUCUGGGUUGGAGCCUUGGAAAGAAUGACACCUUGACCAGCAAGCCAGCUAGUGCGUCCGCCGCUGGUACUAUGGGCACUGUCCAGGUCAAGCGCCGUUUCCAGUUCUCGUCCGCCCUCAAGCGCCAGAGCUCUGUUGCCACUAUCAACGCCACCGAUGCUAGAACCGGCCGGAAGGUGAGAGGCACAUUUGUCGCUGUCAAGGGUGCGCCCGAGACAAUCAUGAAAAUGCUGGUUACCAUCCCCAAGGAUUACGAGGAGACCUUCAAGUACUUCACCCGCCGCGGCUCUAGGGUCUUGGCCCUGGCAUACAAGCACCUCACCACCGAGGGCGAGCUGGGCGCGAGCAGGAUUAACGACCUCAAGCGGGAAAAGGUCGAAGCUGAUCUCCACUUUGCCGGUUUCCUCGUACUCCAAUGCCCGCUCAAGGACGACGCCAAGGAGGCCGUCCGGAUGCUCAACGAGAGCAGCCACCGCGUGGUCAUGAUCACCGGUGACAACCCUCUCACUGCCGUCCAUGUUGCCAAGGAGGUCGAGAUUGUUGAUCGUGAUGUUCUCAUCUUGGAUGCGCCGGAGCACAGCGUGCACGGCGAGGAAUCGCUCAUCUGGCGCAGCGUUGACGACAAGGUGCGGAUCGACGUCGACCCCACUCUGCCCAUCGACCCCGAAAUUAUCAAGACCAAGGAUCUGUGUGUUACCGGCUAUGCGCUCAGCAAGUUCAAGGGCCAGGUCGCCUGGAAGUCGCUUCUCCGGUACACGUGGGUGUAUGCCCGUGUCUCGCCCAAGCAGAAGGAGGACAUUCUUCUCGGGUUGAAGGAUAUGGGAUACUACACGCUCAUGGCUGGCGACGGCACCAACGAUGUUGGCGCCCUCAAGCAGGCUCAUAUUGGUGUUGCCCUGCUCAACGGUACCCAGGAAGACCUUACCCGGAUUGCGGAACACUCGCGGAACACCAAGAUGAAGGGCCUCUACGAAAAGCAGGCUGACAUGAUGAAGCGCUGGAACCAGCCCGCCCCGCCCGUCCCUGCUAUGAUCGCCCACAUGUACCCGCCUGGACCGUCCAACCCCCACUACCAGAAGGCGAUGGAGCGUGAAGCGCAGAAGAAGGGCGUCACGGUCGAGCAGCUGGCGCAGGCCAACGGCACCAACAUCGAGACGGUUACCUCGCCCGCCGCCCAACAGCUGAUCAACGCGGACCCCCGCAAGGCCAAACAGGCCGAAGCGGCCAAGCAAGCGGCUGGUUUCGCCGACAAGCUCACGCAAUCGAUGAUGGACGCCGAGAUGGACGACGAGCCGCCGUCGCUGAAGCUGGGCGACGCGUCUGUGGCGGCCCCGUUCACCUCCAAGCUGCGCAACGUCGUCGCCAUCCCCAACAUCAUCCGCCAGGGCCGGUGCACGCUAGUGGCGACGAUCCAGAUGUACAAGAUCCUGGCGCUCAACUGCCUGAUCAGCGCGUACAGUCUCAGCGUGCUGUACUUGGAGGGCAUCAAGUUCGGCGACGGGCAGAUCACCAUCAGCGGCAUGCUCAUGAGCGUGUGCUUCCUGUCCAUCUCGCGCGCCAAGUCGGUCGAGGGCCUGUCCAAGGAGCGGCCGCAGCCCAACAUCUUCAACUUCUACAUCAUCGGCUCGAUUCUCGGCCAGUUUGCGGUUCACGUGGCGACCCUGAUCUACAUCGCCCGGUUCUGCGAAAAGCUUGCUCCCCGUUCCGAAUCCGUGGACCUCGAAGCCGAGUUCGCGCCCUCGCUCCUCAACUCAGCCGUCUACCUGCUCCAACUGAUCCAACAAAUCUCCACCUUCGCCGUCAACUACCAGGGCCGGCCCUUCCGCGAAUCCCUCUCCGAAAACAAGGGCAUGUUCUACGGCAUCGUCGGCGUGACAGGCAUCGCCUUCGCCUGCUCGACCGAGCUGAUCCCCGAGCUCAACGAGGCCAUGAAGCUCGUCCCCUUCACCUCCGAGUUCAAGACCACCAUGACGGUCGUCAUGCUGCUCGACUACGCGGCCUGCUAUGUCAUCGAGGUCGUGCUCAAGUUUUUGUUUAGCGACCUCAAGGCGCGCGACAUCGCCGAGCGCAGGCCCGAGCAGCUGGAGCGCGAGAGGGAGAGGAAGGCGGUGGUGGCGGCCGAGAAGGCCCGCGAGGAGGAGCGCAAGGCGCAGGAGAAGGUGGCGGAGUUUGAGAGGAAGGUGCAGGAGAGGCAGGCGGCGGUGAGGGCGAGGUUUGGCGUGCAGGAGCCGGCUGCGGCGUGAGAGUGCGAGUGGGAUGGUGGGGUGGGGUGGUUUACUAAUUAGAUGGAUGGAUGGGUGUGAAUAGAGGGGGGAUGGGGUUCUUUUUGGUCUGUCUGUCUUGUCUGUUUGGUUGUGUUGUUUGAGUGGUGUACAUAUAUAGUACGGGGCAGGAAUAGAUGGUGUGGUGGAUGCAUUUGUGUACAUGGCAUUCUCCGGCGUGGCGCGCGGCGUGGUUGAUACAUCAAGACAUGGCCACUCAUCUCAUCUCACUUC